AUGAGUUCGGACGAAUUAUCGUUAGUCAAGGAAGAAAACUCCAUGGGAGUUUCCGAGUCUGGCUCCCAGAACCCUCAGCGCUUGGAAUGCCUUUUAUCCAAGGGUCUACUACAGAGAGACUUAGAUUUAUUGAGAGAAGCCGGAUACUCCACACUAGAAUGCGUAGCAUAUGCACCUCAGAAGAACCUGCUUGUUAUCAAAGGCCUCAGCGAACAAAAGGUACUCAAAAUCAAGGCCGCCUGCAGAGAGCUUUGCCACCUAGGAUUUUGCUCAGGCCAAGAUUAUCUAGAGGCGAGAGGAAAUUUAAUCAAAUUCACCACUGGGUCUUCGCAACUGGAUAAGCUCCUCCAAGGCGGUGUCGAAACCGGAAGUAUCACCGAAAUUAUCGGAGAAUUCAAAACCGGAAAAUCACAACUUUGUCAUACCCUCGCCGUAACAUGUCAACUACCAGUGGAACAGAGUGGAGGCGAGGGGAAAUGUUUAUGGGUGGAUUCUGAGGGAACAUUUAGGCCAGAAAGGAUCGUUUCCAUAGCGAAAAGGUUCGGCCUCUCACCCUCAGACUGCCUCGAUAAUGUUGCCUACGCAAGGGCUUAUAACACAGACCACCAACUAGAACUCCUUGUAGAAGCCAGCGCUAUGAUGGCUCAAACGAGAUUUGCACUGCUAAUUGUAGAUAGCGCCACUUCGCUCUAUAGAUCAGACUACUCAGGCAGAGGUGAAUUGGCAAGUAGGCAGAUGCACUUGUGUAAGUUUUUGAGGGCGUUACAGAGAAUCGCCGACACUUUUGGAGUUGCAGUUGUUAUAACAAAUCAAGUUGUUGCCAGAGUUGACGCAAUGUCCACUUUCUUCGGUAUUUUACUAUUAUAUAUUAUUAUAUAUUGUUAUAUAUUGAUAAAUAUCUGUAAAUUUUACAUUGACAAAUUCGUAGGAAAUGAUAAGUUGCCAGUUGGAGGACACAUAAUAGCACACGCAAGUCAAACGAGGCUAUUCUUAAGGCAGUCUAAAGGAGAAAGCAGGAUCUGCAAGGUUUACGACUCGCCAGUGCUGCCUGAAGGAGAGGCAGUCUUCGCCAUUACAGACGGAGGAAUAAACGACUAUCACGAUAGAUAA